CUGGGGGGUUUUCGCACGCGCGUGGUUUUGGGCUAGUAACCGUUAGCCGUUAACAGACCAUCACUAACCUUGUUUGCUGUGGUAUUUUUUCAUCCUGUGGCUGUAGUUAAUUAUCGGUAAGAGAAGUUGGACGGAUCAUCUGUGAUUAUAUUGUGUAUCAGAACAAAUACGCGGUUUUUUGACUAGCAUUAACUUUGGAAUCGGAAACAGUUUGGGCGGUUGGAAUGAGGCUAGCAGCACCGCGGCGGUUUGAGGACCUACAAGGUUAACGUUGAUUCAGUAAACCUGUGCUGCAGUAAUCGACGGUUCAAGAAGGGUCAGGACACACUUUGACCGAAACAGAUUUCAUCCAGUUGAUUAGAGCUGACAAAUGAUGGGCAGCUUGAGUCCAUGAAACUUUCAAAAUGACAUCAAUCGUAGGACUCCCUACUCAAGGAUCAGAUGUGACAGUUUUCAUACAAAAGGUCCACUUGCAUCCCCUUUGUGAGCUUGUGGAGUUCUGGGGAAAAUUUAGCCAGGAUAGGACAGCAGAAUAUGAAUGCCUGGCCAAAGAAAUUCAGUCCCCUGGUAAUCUGUUUCAAGAGUCUGAAGGAAAUCCUGGUGACCAAUGCUUAGCUCAGGUUGAUGGUUCUUGGUUCAGGUCCCGGAUUGUCUCACGAAAUGGCUCAAAAUACAGUGUGUUCCUCAUUGACAAAGGAGUGACAUUUAGCACCUCCUCUAGCAAGCUUGCAUGGGGCAAGAAGAAGCACUUCCACCUGCCACCUGAAGUGGAGUUUUGUGUGCUAGCUAAUGCGUUGCCACUUUCACCUGAGAACAAGUGGUCCAGAGUGGCUCUUGAAUACCUGAGAUCACUCUGUGGGAAGUCUUUUGAGGCACAUGUGCAAGAUGUGUUGUUCCCACACAGAACACUUCUACUGCAAAUCCCUUGCAUUUCAAAACAAAUGUUUGAGAUGGGAAUUGCCAAGAAGCUUUCUCCAGACCUGUUCCAGAACUUUGUUUUUAUGUCACUACAGUCCAAAAGUGUAGCUGAAGUGCCUCAAAGGACUGGGCUUACUUUAAAUGGAGAGGACGAAAGACUUCACAAACAAGAAGCCUUCCUGUAUCCAGAGUUGCAAGCAGGAACUGUGGAAACAGUCAUUGUCACUGAUGUGACAAAUCCACAGAGGAUUUUUUGCCAGUUGAAGGUGUUCUCUCAAGAGUUGAGGAAGCUAUCUGAUAAGAUCACACAGUGCUGUGAGGGAAGAAUGAAAAGUUGUCUCAUUGGUCCAGAAAUGGUUGGGUUUCCAUGUGCAGCAAGAGGACGUGAUGGCAAAUGGUACCGAUCUGUUCUUCAACAGAUAAUCCCAACCAACCAAGUGGUAGAAGUGUUGAACAUUGACUAUGGAAUAAAGCAGUUUGUUCAAGUGGAGAAUGUCAGGCCACUUGCUACAGAGUUCUUCAGGAUGCCUGUUGUGACUUUUGUCUGCUCCCUCCAUGGAAUUGUUGACAAUGGGCUUGGUUGGACAACCAGCCAGAUCGACUAUCUUAAAACCCUCCUUCUGAACAAGACAGUGAUUGCAAAAUUUGAGUACCAAAGCAUCUCUGAAGGUGUUUAUUAUGUCACACUCUAUGGGGAUGAAAACACAAACCUCAACAAACUGUUUGGUUCUAACAUGAGCUGUUCCCAGGAGAGUGAAAAAACAUUAAAAGAUUAUGCCAUCCAUAACACCACAUACAGGCGCCAGCCUUGUCAGGAAGAAGGAUAUCAAAAAAGGAUGUUGGUCGAAGGAAAAGAAGUACUGAAGAAGUUGCUAGCUGAAGACCUGUCUCUUAACUCAUCACAUGUAGCAGUUGUCCAGCAAGCAGUGGACCCAUCAGAGUUCUGGAUCCAAACUCAGAACUAUGCAAAUGAGUUGGAUGAACUGAUGGAUCAAAUCUACCAUUUGUACAAAGAUUCAGUGGAUAAAGAUAAAGUAAAGAACCCGGAAGUUGGCCUCUACUGUGCUGCCAAAGCAGAAGAUGGAGACUUCUACAGGGCAACUGUGACUGAAGUUGGUGAGACACAAGUCAAGGUGUUUUUUGUUGACUAUGGGAACACUGAAAUGGUUGACAGGAAUGACAUCAGGAUGCUUCCUGACAAGUUCAAAAAGCUGCCACGUCUUGCUUUGAAAUGCACACUGGCUGGUGUUAUGCCAAAGGGUCAAACUUGGAGCCAAAGUGCAAGUGAGUUUUUCAUCAAAGCAGUCAAAGACAGAGAACUAAAUGUGGAUGUAAAAGAAAAAUAUGAUGACUGCUAUGCAGUCCAGCUAACAGAUCUGGAAGCACAGGGGGAGAGAGACCUUGCAUCACAGAUGUGGAGUUCUGGUCAUGCUGAAAAGGCUGAGACAAAGAGACCACUCAAAGCUCAAAUGCCCAUGCAAGCUGCUGUUCUGUCAGCAGCAGGACUUCGAGAUUCCAGACUGUCAAGUGCACACAACAACAGUGGGUCACCUUUCCAGACGCUAAAUGCAGUGGACCUUGCCAAAAAUCUAGGCAGAACUCCCACCUUCAAGGAGCAAAUGUUUUCUCCAGGAAGCAUCCUGGAUGCCAGUGUGUCCUAUAUUGAGAGCCCAAAUGACUUCUGGUGUCAGCUUGUACAAAAUGCAGGACUCCUGAAAUUUCUCAUGCAUGACAUACAGGCUUACUAUGAAGGCAGUGAGUUUCAGCCCCUUAUGGAAAUCCCUUGUGUUGCUCGCCACCCAGAUAACAAAAUGUGGUACAGGGCCCUUGUCAUUCACAAACAUGAAACACCUCAUGUGGAUGUGUUGUUCGUUGACUAUGGCCAGACAGAAACUGUCCCUGUCCAUGACCUGAGGAGGAUUUGCCCACAAUUUCUUACUCUACCAGGCCAAGCUUUUCGAUGCCGUCUUUUGAACCCUUUUGACCCCACUUCUAACACAAAUGAGUGGAAUAAAGAAGCAGUCGAGAUGUUCCACAACUUUGUGGAAACUGCUGCAUCAAACUUUGUGAUUUUGAAGUGUACCAUCUAUGCUGUCAUGUUCAGUGAGCAGAAGGUUGUUUUCAACAUUGUGGAUCUAGAAACUCCAUUUGAGAGUAUCUCUGCCAGUAUGGCCAGUCUUCUUAAAAGUGCUCCUCCCAAGAAAGCAGCCAAGCCAUCUUUCCGCUUGGACACAUACUACUACUCCACUCACAAUGUCAAAACUGGAACAGAGGAACAGGUCACUGUGACAUGUGUGAACAAUGUCAGUCAGUUCUAUUGCCAGCUUGAGAGAAAUGCUGAUGUGAUGAAUGAUCUCAACAUCAAAGUUAACAACCUCUGUCAGCAGCUUGAGAAUGUUAAACUUCCAGCAGUCUUUGGGACUUUAUGCUUUGCUAGGUAUACUGACGGACAGUGGUACAGAGGACAGAUCAAGGCAACAAAGCCAGUGAUUCUUGUCCAUUUUGUGGAUUAUGGUGACACUAUUGAGGUGGGAAAAUCUGACUUACUUCCUGUUCCCCGAGAGGCUAAUGACAUAAUGUCCAUGCCUGUACAAGCUCUGGUGUGCAGUCUCUCUGAUGUUCCUGCCAAUGUUCCCGGUAAAGUGAGCAGCUGGUUUGAGACAAGUGUGACAGAAUGUAAAUUUCGAGCACUUGUGGUGGCUAGAGAACCUGAUGGUAAACUUCUGGUUGAGCUGUAUCAAGGAAGUACUCAAAUUAAUUCAAAAAUCAAGAAGAUGUUUCAGAUUGAGAUGCAGCAUUCAGAGACAAUGGUUGUCCAUCAGGGUUGGAAAGCACCUGACACAUCAGCUAAUCAAACACUGAAGAGUUUAGAAGCUGCACCAAAACCGGCUGAAGAAACAAAGAUUCAAACCCACAGGAAUGAUCACUCAGCCUCUAAGCCAGCACCUAAACUGAGGGAUUCCAACAACAAUCUAAAGUCUGAACCUAAGCCUCCUUGCAGCCUUUGUAAAAAUGGUCAGAAAGUCAAAGCUGCACCACUAAAACUGUAUCAGCCUCCACACCAAAGGAAAGCAAGUGGAAGAGCAGAUGCUAAUGAGGAGAACAGGUCUGAGCCCGCAGCUGUCCCUGUCAAAAUGAAAAAGACAAGUCUGCCCAUCGAAACUAAACAGCUUUCCAAGUCCACAUCACAUGCCACAGAACCUCAGAAGGAGAGUAAUGUUGGGAAACUUCCUAAACUUGCAGACCUGCCUUCAAAAUCUAUCACAUCAGGCAUGGAAGCAGACAUUUAUGUCUCUCAUUGCAACAGCCCAUUGAGUUUCUAUGUGCAACUUGUGAAAGAGGAGGAGGAAAUAUUCUCACUAGUGGAAAAGCUAAAUGACACCAAAUCCAUCCCUCAAACAGACAUCAAAGACCUGCAUCCAGGUGACCUUGUUCAAGCAGAGUUUGCAGAGGAUUCAUCUUGGUACCGGGCAGUUGUUAAAGAAGUUCAUAGCAAUACUGUGGCUCUUGUAGAGUUUGUCGACUUUGGAAACACUGCAGUUCUGCCAGUUUCCAAGAUGGCAAGACUUGAAAAAUCUUUCUUGCAGCUUCCCAUGUACAGCACACACUGUAUGUUGAGUCAUGCACUAACUUUUGAAGAGGAGGGAGUGCUUGAUCCAGAAGUGGUGUCAGCUUUCAAAGAAGAUGUUGGUGGAAAUGGAGAGAAGGUGCUCAUGUGCAGUUUUAACAGGCAAUCAGGAUCCGUGUGGGAAGUCAGUCUUAAAGACAGUGGUGUGAAUCUCAUUUGUAAAGUACCGUCAAGAUGUUCAACGGAUGGUUCUGACAUUAACACAGGCAAACUGGUACAAGUUAAGGACAAACCUGCCCAAGUUAAGGACAAACCUGCCCAGAACUCUGACAUCAGGCCGGCACCAGUGGUCUCACAGAUGGAGUCCUGCUCUCUUAGUUACCCCAAACAGCAGUUCUCAGAGGGAGAAAAGUUAGAUGUCUAUAUCAUGGCUACAAAUGAUGAUCAGACAUUUUGGUGUCAGUCUGCCAGCCCAGAAGACCUUGAUAAGGUAACACUUCGAGUAGCAGAAGUUGGGGAUUCAGCCAUCCAUAAAGAUAUUGACCCAGCUUCUCUUUCCCCUGGCAGGCCAUGCAUUGCUCUGUUUUCAGAAGAUAAUCUUUGGUACCGUGCAGAAGUCAUCAGCAAAGAAGGAGAUGUGCUGCUUGUUUUCUUUGUGGAUUAUGGGAACAAGUCCAAAGUCACCAUUUCAAAUGUGAGGGACAUACCCCAUGACCUGACUGAGAAACCUCCACUGGCAUUUUUGUGUGAGCUUGAAGGCUUGGAUCCUUCAAAUGGAUCCUGGGACAGUGGUGUUGCAGAUGAGCUGUUGGCACUUACAGUGGACAAACCCUUACAGCUGAGUGUCUUACAAGUAACAAGAGAGGGAGGUAAAAUCAAAUACCUUGUGCAGAUAGAAUGUGAGGGCCAAGUGAUAAACAAGGCACUCAAAACAUAUUGGAGGGCCCCCAUGACUGAAAACAGUCCUCUUGCAGAUGAGCUUGCCAAUUCAGAUGGAGGUUUGCUGCAGUGUGUCCAGUACAAAAACAGUGAAAUGGAUGCUAGCAUACUAACAAGUACCCCAAAGAACGGUAAAAGCCCUGUUGCUUUUGUACCUACUGAGUCUCUUGUGAUUCCUGAAGAGGAAGAGAGAAAUCUGAUUUCUUCAGAAGGCACUGUGACCACUGAACCUCUAAAACUGAAAACCACUGAGAGCCUGAUGGAAUCUUUAUCUAAGGAAAGUAAGUUUACUUCUGUAGUGGUGUCUCAAACCAAUCCUCCAGACAUUUUUACAUGCAGUGGUGACAAAAUAGUAAUUCCUCUUGAGACUGUCAAAGGUACUGAAGAGGAGGUUGCUGCACUAGACAAUUUUGAAGCUGAUGACUUGCAUUCUCCAUUGGAUGACAGUCCUAAAGAGGCUGUAGUUGAGUCUCUAAACACAACUGCAGGCUUGGAGUCACGGCCUCAAAAGGCUGAUACCUACGGCAUCGAAAGCAGCCUGGAUGAAACAAUGUUUGCUACUGAAGAGAGCACAGGUACUGAAGAGGAGGUAGCUACAGUAAUGGGCAAUGUUGAACCUAGUGACUUGCAUUCUCAAAUAGAUGACAAUCCUACAGAGGCCAUAUUGAAGACUGGGAAAACAACUGCUGACUUGGAGUCCCUGUCUCAAGAGGCUGAUGCCUACGGCAUCGAGAGCAGCCUGAAUGAAACCAUGUUAUCUAUUAAAACCAACAAAGGCCCUGAAGAGGAGGUAGCUAUGACGGAAGACAUGUUUGAGCCUGAUGACCUGCAUUUUCCAUUGGAUGAGAAUCCUACAGGGGCUGUAGUUGAGUCUAAGAACACAACAACUGAUGUGGAGUUGCUGUCUCAGGAGGUUGAUACCUUCAGCAUUAAAAGCAGCCUGGUUGAAACCAUUUUAGUUAUUGAAGCUAGCAAAGGCACUGAAGAGGAGGUAGCUGCAAUGAUUGAUGUGUUUGAUCCUGAUGACUUGCAUUCUCCAUUGGAUGGGACUCCUUCAGAGAUUGUUGUCGAGUCUGGGAUCUCAACAACUGACUUGGAUUCAUUGCCUCAAGAGGCUGACAGUUGUGCCAUCAAAAACAGCUUUGGUGAAACCAUGUUAGCUACUGAAACCAACAAAGGCACUGAAGAGGAGGUAGAUGCAAUGUUUGACAUGUUUGAACCAGAAGACUUGGAUUCUCAAGUGGCUGAAAAUCCUACAGAGGCCAUUGAUGAAUCUGGGAUCACAACAACUGACUUGGAUUCAUUGCCUCAAGAGGCUGACAGUUGCGCCAUUGAAAGCAGCUUUGGUGAAACCAUGUUAGCUUCUGAAACCGACAAAGGCACUGAAGAGGAGGUAGCUGCAGUGUUUGACAUGUUUGAACCGAAAGACUUGGAUUCUCAAGUAGCUGAAAAUCCUACAGAGGCCAUGGUUGAGUCCAAAAACACAACUGACCUGGAGUCACUGUCUCAAGAGGUUGAUACAUUUGGCAUUGAAAGUAAAUGCACAGAAGAGGAGGAUAUUUCCGUGAUGGAAACUCCUGGGCCAGAUGAUUUGGAUUACAUGCUGGGCACAAAACCAACAGAUGCUAGAGAUGAAUUGGGGAUCACAACCAUCUCUGAACCUCCACCUUGGAAGGCUCAUGCCAGCAUCAUGGAAAGAAGCCCUGACACCGUGAUAUUUGCUGAUUCUAAUGAGCGAAAAGGAGAGGUCUCUAUUUCAAGAGACUAUUCUGCUAACAGUACAACUGUGAAAAUGGUACCCCGUGAGGCUGUUUGGCCCAGUAAGAGCCGUGAUCCAUGUGAGAUCACUAACAGUACUUCUGAUGACUUAAAACAGGAUCAGACUGAUUCAGGGGUGCCAUCAUGUGUGCUUCCUGUGCCUGAUGCUGACAUAGAGCAGGGAUUUGCUGCUGAAGGUGAUGCCCCCAAAGAAAAGAUGGUUUGUGUUACCACGCACCGCAAGGAUGACUUUAUGGCUGAAAAAGAGACGAAGGCUCAUCAGGAGGACAAAUGUUCAGAUGAAGCUGACAAGGCUGCCAGUGUGGGACACACCUACACGUCGUCUCCUCAGUAUUUGGAUAAUGUAGUGAAAGAGGUGGCCUGUUCUGUUGAAGAGGCAUGCUCGACAAAUGUCUGCACAGAUCUCAUUGAGCCAUGUGAGGGAGAAGCCUCCAGUGAAAGAGUUGAUUAUGUCAGCUGUGUGACAGCAGAGGAAACGGUUCAGACAGGAUCACUUGUAUCUUGUACAGAGCUCCCUCUUGAAGAUUCAACCAAAGUGCCCUCAGAGGACGAUGUAGACGAUACAGACAAUUAUCCUCUGGAUGAGGUGUUGCAUAGUAAGAAGAUCUUAGUGACUGAAGAUGAGACUGCAGCUCUGCAGGAAGAUCCACUCACUGACCUUGUAGCCGACACAGACAAAGCUGCUAUUGAGAGAGACACGUGCACAGCUUCCUCUCAGGAUUUGGAUGAUGAAGUGAAAGAGGCAACCUGUUCUGUUGAGAAGGCGUGUUUGAAAGACAUCUACACAGAACUCAAUGAGCCAUGUGAGGGAGAAGCCUUCACUGUAAGAGAUGAUUGUGUCAGCUGUGUGACAGCAGAGGAAACGGUCAAAAGAGAAUCACUUGUGUGUUGCACAGAGUCACCUCGUGAACAGUCCAUUGAAUUUCCAUCAGAGGACGAGGCAGAAUCAGGCGAUGUUUCUCUUCAGGAUGAGACAUGUAGCAUGAAUAUCUCAGUGACUGAAGAUGAGUCCAUGGUUCUGCAGGAAGAUGAACUUCCUGGUUUUCCAUCUGAUCCUGAACCUCCGGUGUGUAAAGGUUCCUGUCCAGAUUUGAAUAACCUGGUUGAAGAGGUGACCUGUCUUGUUGGGGAGAUCUGUCUGACAGACUUCUGCAGAGAUCCAUCUCAAGAACCAGAAGGCAGUGAACAGCUGAUGCAAACACCUUGCACAGAAAAAGAGGAUGACAGUACUGGUGUGAUGGAGAAGAAACCGUCUGAUGACAGUUUUGAGGAUCAGCUGCUCAAGAUAACGCAUCUGUCUCUGAAGAUAAAUGAUGGUUCUGCUGAUGCUCUGCCUGCUGAGCGGAUGUCAGAGGAGUCAGACAUCUAAGAACAAAUAGUUCAAACGUUUUUGCUUUAAGUUUUAAAAACAGACUUGAGUUCUUUCUUUGUUGUGUUUGUUACUGUGUGGCAGUCUAGAUAUUUGACUUAUCUGCAAAGUCAUCUCUUAUCCUUUGGCCUGUUGGCUAAUUUCAUCGUUCACAUAAACAAUUUAAAUUCUCCAUGUAUGAUAAGUUACUGUCUUAAGAGCUUCUUAGAAUCCAUGGGCUUACUCAGCCUUCUUUUUGGGUAGUGUUGUGUUACAGAUGAUCUGUCCUGAUAAACUGCCACUAAUUCUUUGAAAAGUACUGAAUCUUUGGUUGGAUAUAAAAAUGCAGCAGUUUAAGAAAUUUUCCUGUUUUGUGUGGAUAUAUGCAUGCUUGAAGCUGUAUUUAUGUUGGCAAAAUAAAUAUGGUUACAG